AUGCUCCAAGAGCUCCUUGACAGGGAAGAGGCGCUCCGCGACAAGGGCUUCGACUCCUACUUCAACGACCUCGUUGCAUACCUCAAGAAGCACAGCGCGAUCCCGGACGACGGCAAGCCGUACGUCGAGUCGUGGGGGCGGAUGGGCCGCGAUCAAACUUUCUUGAUCCAUCGGGGCUGGAAGCGGAUACAGGCGCAAGAUGAGGAAGAGCGGCAGUUGGGAGAUGGACCACAUAUCACGGAGAAAGUGGUUACAUUGCAGUCUUACGAGUGGUAG